UCGUUAUGUAUCAUGCAUAUGGACAGCCUCCUUGAAGGUCAUCAUUGAUAUGUAUUUAAAGGGGUUUGCUUCGGGCAGUAUUCCCCCCGUAUCCGCUGUAAUGUCGACCUUACUCUCCUCUAAGUCCACGGCUCCCAUCUCUCGAACUUCCCCCGAAGUCAUUACCUAUAGAAUCGGGGAGAGGCUGGUGUAUGUUAAACCUGCCCAAACCCAUGUGGCGGCUGUUCAAAUGGCUUUUGAAGAGUUCCCGGAGGAACUGUAUGGGAUUAGCCCCCACCGAAUCACUUUCACCAUAUCCGCCACGUUAAAUGGUGAAAAGAGAGCUGUUCGGAUCUCCGAAAGUGCUUGGUCGUUUUCAGUGACGAGAAUGGCCAGGGGAGAGGUUUUGAACGUGGUCAUUGCUCCUGAGUCGGAUAGAACAGUAGACUCUGCGCCACCACCUCAAUAUCGCGAAAACCCCGUCGGGGGGUCUUUAGAGGCUUCUAAGUCAUCCUCUAACCCAUCGAAGGUUCCUCGUCCAAGGCCGCAUUGGCUUCGAUUGCUGUGUUGAAUGGCUCUGUCACUUGACUCUCACCACAAAUAUUCCUGUAUACUAGCGCGCUCCAUGCUGAUAAGUCACUCACUUUACCUUAGAACUAGGACCUAUUGGUAACACCUACUUAUAUCAUU